AUGGCCUCUUCCACUCCUCGCAAGUCUGUUAUCGUCACUUUUCCUGAGGGAACUCCGGACUCGGUGGUAGAAGACGCCAAACAGGCGAUCAAGCAAAAUGGGGGCACUAUCACCCAUGAAUACAAGGAUUUGCUGCGGAAGCACCCGCGAGCGCUUUGGACAGCGUCAGUGCCCUUGGGUCAGAAUACCCCGCCGCCAUUGAGGAAGACCAGGUGGUUACCAUCAACGACCCCGUUCAGUAAAUAUCUCAACGCGGGCAAAUAUGAGCAAUGA